AAACAAACUAUUCCAUUCAUCGCUGAGUAGGAGGUUUGAGAUACUUCUCUGUCUUCAGCUCUGUUGGAUGGUUACAGCAAUUCCAUGGAAACCGGAUGCAAGGAAGGUGUCAGGGCCCACAUGCAUCAGCUUGGGCCAAAGGGUAAUGCUCACACACACCCUGAAAUGUGGGAGAUGGGUAUGGAAAUAUGCAAAGGGGCCAUCCACAUCAUAUAUAACAAUUUCGCCUAGAGAAAUAGUUACAUGGCCUCCCGGUAUAAUGCCGGAACCAAAUUGCGCAACAAAAAUUUGUUGUAAAUUAGGUUCCAACUAUUCUCCCAUAGUUAACAUUUCAGGUGACACCCCCGCACCUCUAUAUUCACACAAUGUAACAGCCUGGUAUCAACUUAAAAUUGAGCCAGGAGCAAAAAUUGGGAGUAUGCGCACCCUAUAUGAAAAAUCUAACAAUGGUACAGAUCCCAAAAUUUGUUAUGCUAUAAAAGAUUUAGAACCCACAGUAUACAGAUGCACACAUACUGAAACACUCAACAGCACACAUAUGAGAUUUGCAGAUUACAAGUUCAACCUCACUUCAUAUAUGUUGGAUGAUAAUGACCCAAAAACUUUUAUUUGGACUAGCCGAAAAGAAGGAACCUAUUGUGUGGGUAAAUGUGAGCCUGAUGUAAAUAGUUAUACUAGCCCACAAAAUUGUACAUGGACUGUAAAGCAUUGUUUUAAUCUAACCACUUGUGGGUAUAGUAAACCCAAGCAAUGUCCAAAAUUAUAUCCAAUCCCUCCUGGUGGUUUUAUUAAGGGAAAUAUCAAUAAGACUUUGUUGCAUGAUGUUAAUCUAGUCAUGACUCAUGUAACAUAUAAUAUUUCAAAUAUUUUAUCUGCUUAUGUGAAUCAUUGUAGUACUGAUGAUAAAACAUAUGCAUGGCUACAGUCACGAAUCGAUGAUUUAAUCUCUGAUUAUAAAGGCAGAUUAGCUGUUCGAAUUCCACCUGUACGCUCUAAACGAGAUCUACUUGGAAAUUUAGCAGGUCUCUUCGGCUCAGUUAAUUCAAUUGCCAACACUUACAAAAUAACUGGACAAUCACAAUUUUCAACAUGGUUGGCAAACCAGGUGGCCACUGGUUUUCAGCACCUCAGCAAUAGUAAUGAAAAUAUUAUCAAAGCGGUUAGAUCUGAAGCGCAGGCGCUUCUAUUGAUCAGCCACACAUUAUUCAAUCAGACCCGUACCAUCGAACGUGACUUAGCCUGCAGAUCAUAUGCUCAAGAUUUAUUUACUGUUGCUAGACAAGAGAUUCUAGACUUGCGUCUUCUUAAAACACCUAGACAUGCUUUAAAUGAUCUUAUUGAGAUUUUGGAUUUACAUAGGUGGUUUGCAUCUGAAAAAAUGAAGGACAUUAAAUAUUCAGAAUUGUUAUCAACUUUGAUGUUGUAUAAUGGAAAUGAAUGUGCCGGAUGUAUUGGGUUUUUUGUCAGUUUUCCUUUAAUACACCCAGAUCAAAUUUUUCAAAAUUCCACAACUAUACGUUCUAUAGGCAUGGUAGUAAAAAAUCAGAUCAUUAAAUGGGAUCAUUUAACAGGUUAUAUGACUUUGAAAAGAAAUGAGACCUUAUUUACCACUCGCACCUGUUGUCAUGAAACUUCAAGUUAUGUCAUUUGUACUUGUAACACUUUACAACCAUUCUCUCCUAAUGAUACUAAGCUUAUUAAUGUUCAGUCAUUACAUGGUCAUGCAGAUGCUGUACAGGUUUCGCAAUCACAGUGGUGUGUCAUCAGUGAGAUGAAUUCUUUCACCUAUGGAGGUCUGACCUGUCCGUCAAACCAUACCUUUUGUCUUGAGGUAACUGAGGACUUUUCAAUGGGUCAGAUAAAUAUCCUGGGGAGGAUUCCACUUGACAUAGAUGUUUCUCCCUGGUGGGAGGACACCUUCUACGAACACAGCACACAGACUUUGACUGAAACAAUGGAGUUAGUCCAACGGACUAUUCUACAGACUGAGUAUCAUCUCAAUCAGGCUCAGGUGGAAACAAACCUGGCCAAAGGAACGGCAAAGCUACUGUCAAGUUCAUCUACACGGUCUGCACAGUAUGUAUACACCUGGUGGGACUGGGUGUUCCGUGGAUGCGUGAUUGGCAGUGGUUUUAUUCUCAUGUUUACAAUACUCCAGUGUUGUUAUUUCAGGUAUAUGAUUCGAUCGUUGAAGGAAUCCAUCAACAAUGUGCUAACACUUGGACCUUUACAGGUGCCUGCGUUUCAAAGACUUUUACAGUAACAAAUAAUGCAUAAGGACUUCACAACAUCCAAGGAUGUCCCCUUAGGGAUCAUUUUAAAAUUGUCCCUGCGUGUCCAGGGGUGGAGUUAUGUAGGGCAGAUGGACAGGAGUGUGUUUUUGGAGCUGGACAAUAAAACAAUAAAACCACAUUCUAUGUCUGUUCCCGAGAGAUGGUGUUGUCUCUCUCCACAGGGGUCACUGAUACCCAGGAACUGAACUGUAAAUCUCCCCCUCUCCCCUCUUUCUUAAAGGUCUUGAGGCUGAAAAUAUACUAAACACAUGUAAGAUUGGGUAUAUCAUAUGUUGUGAUGAUGGAAAUAUUGUUAUAGCAUGUUUGAUAUCUUUUUAAAGGUCAUGGUGCGAUGGGUAAAAAGAGGUCUAAUUUCUUUAAGUCUAAGAUAAGAGUAUAUUGGAGAUUUAACUUUAAGACAUAUUCUCUGCUCCUCUAAGAGGCGUGUCUUUUUUAGGUAAUCGUAAGUACAGAUGGAGGGCGAUCCCAUUUGGUGAUCUUUAGGGGCACGAGAAACUAAACUAGAAUACCAGAUUGACCAUAACUCUCAUUUCAUUGGUGUAUAUAAGGAACAUUGGUAAAGGACUCAAGGAAGAAUCUGCAAUCAGAACUUCCCACACUACUGUGUGUCUAUAUUGCCAGGUAUGACUUUGAUUCUGUGACGUGUGUUUUAUAUUAUGUUGAUCAUUUUGAUUAUUUGAUUUAAUGAUGUGUUUGUUUUAAUUCUAUCUGAUGAGUUUGAUUGGUUGAUUUAAGUAUAACCUGCCUGGCAAAAUAAAUUGUUACGUUUGAAAUAAUUCUGAGUUGUUAGUAAUUCUUAAUACACACACUAUUUGUAUCACUGAAAGUAAAUGUGUAUGCUUACGCUUAAGUUGUCUCAGUUAAAGUUAGACUGGAGAAUGCCUUGGUUUAAGUUAGAUUGGAUCUUCCUCAACUUAGACUUGAAUGGAGAAACCUCAACUUUUUAUAACUGAAAUGGAGAAACCUUAGUUAAAGUUAGACUGGAGAAUGCCUUGGUUUAAGUUAGACUGGAUCUUCCUCAACUUAGACUUGAAUGGAGAAACCUCAACUUAUAACUAAAUUGGAGAAACCGCUUCUUAAGGCUGAAUAAGUAUAAACUUAAAUUAGACUGGAUAUCCUCAAUUUAAGUUUAUAGUAAUGUAUCCACAUUCUAUAUUUAUAUUAUUACAAUAACAAAAUAAUUAUUGUUAAAUUAUGAUCAGUAAAUAUUAAUUAAUUACAAUUGGAGUCAGAUUAUAAUUAUUCACAGAGUCGAAGACUUAAACCCAAAUUCUAGUAAAUUAAACUAAAUUCUAAUAAAUGAAGAUAAUUUCUUUCAGAAGCACUGCGGAAAGCGAGAACACAAAAUCCCUUCGCCAGAUCAUUGGAUACCUUCGUUGGACCAGUGGGUGGUUCCU